GUACUACUAAUAAACAAUCCUGACAACUUUCUUCCAUCACAUUUGCUGGGUAAAACGAGAAAAACCCUUGCCCUGUUGUAGAAAUUACACUUUGUGUUACUUGAAUUUUGUAGCUUGAUGUUGAUGAGUAAAGAAUAAAGAUCAUUGAUUUCAUAAUUUGUUGGCUUGUGGGCAUACGUAGGAAGCUGACGCAGGCUUUGCUUAUUGGCAUGUGGGCGGACGCACCAAAGCUGAUGCUACCUUUACUUAUUUUUCAACUACUUCUUGUGGAGGUCAACUGCUGAGAAACUCUCAUGGCAUUCUCAAUUUCUCUUCCAGACUUUGUUCAUCCUCAACUCCGUCAUGUUGUUGCAAAGAUGUCUUUGUUUGACACAAUUUUGUUCUAUGUUGUACAUCUUGUGGACAAGUUUGAUUUAUGGCAUAGAUUGCCGGUGUUACUAGGGGCGGCUUACCUAGGAAUAAGAAGACACUUGCACCAGCGAUACAACCUUUUACAUGUAGGGAAAGUUAAUGGCAAGAAAUAUGACACAAAAGAGUUUACCUAUCGGACUGCUGAUGGUACGUGCAAUCAUCCUGUGGAUCAUUUAGUAGGCAGUCAAGGAACCUUCUUUGGCCGCAACAUGCUACCAUCCACUUCAAGUUAUGCGCUGCUGGAACCUCACCCUGUAACCGUGGCCACCAAGCUCUUGGAAAGAAGAAAGUACACAGAUUGCGGGGGGCAAUUCAACAUGAUAGCGUGCGCGUGGGUACAAUUUAUGAUCCAUGAUUGGAAUGACCAUAUGGAGGACACUGAACAGGUGGAGCUUAGAGCUCCUCAAGACGUUGCAGCAGGGUGUCCGUUGAAGUCAUUUAAGUUCCUUAAGACCAAGAAACUUCCCACAGGCUCCCCUGAUCUGAAGUUUGGGCAUUUGAAUUCAAGGACCCCAUGGUGGGAUGGGAGUGUAAUAUAUGGCAACAACGAAGAGGGCAUGAUAAGGGUGAGAAGAUUUAAAGAAGGAAAGCUCAGGGUCUCAGGUGAUGGACUUCUGGAACAUGAUGAUAAAGGCAUUCCAAUAUCCGGAGAUGUCCGAAACUAUUGGGCAGGCUACUCUCUCUUGCAGGCCUUGUUUGUGAAGGAACAUAAUGCCAUAUGUGAUAUGCUUAAAGAACAUUACCCUGAAUUUGAUGAUGAAAAGGUGUACCGACAUGCAAGAUUGAUAACUUCAGCGGUCAUUGCAAAAAUCCAUACUAUCGAUUGGACGCUUGAACUUGUUAAGACUGAUACUCUAAUGGCAGGAAUGAGGAUCAACUGGUAUGGCUUGUUGGGGAAGAAAGUCAAGGAUUUAUUAGGACCCAAAUUUGGACCAGUACUGAGUGGCUUAGUUGGUCUUAAAAAGCCUAGAGACCACGGAACUCCCUACUCAUUGACUGAAGAGUUCGUUAGUGUCUACAGAAUGCAUUCACUUUUACCUGACACGAUUGUUCUGAGGGACUUGAAGUCGACUACAUCAGAAGACAAAUCCUUGCCUAUUCAAGAUGAGAUUCCUAUGAGGGAAAUGAUCGGGAAAGAAGGAGAAAAGAACUUGUCGAAAAUCGGUAUGGAGCAGAUGCUGGUAUCAAUGGGCCACCAGUCAUGUGGAGCUGCUACGUUGUGGAAUUUUCCAUCAUGGAUGAGGAACCUUGUUCCUCAUGAUAUCGAUGGAGAUGAUAGACUUGAUUUAAUUGACAUGGCCGCCUUGGACAUUUAUAGAGACAGAGAGAGGGGAAUUCCGCGGUACAAUGAGUUCAGAAGGAAUUUGCUGAUGGUACCAAUUAGCAAGUGGGAGGAUUUAACUGAUGACGAAGAAGUAAUUGAGGCUCUACAAGAAGUAUAUGGCGAUGAUAUUGAGAAGCUAGAUCUCCAAGUUGGUUUGCACGCGGAGAAGAAAAUUAAAGGCUUUGCCAUUAGUGAGACUGCCUUUUUUAUAUUUCUGCUCAUUGCUUCAAGGAGGUUAGAAGCUGAUCGAUUCUUCACAACUGAUUUCAAUUCGCGAACCUACACAGAGAAAGGCUUCGAAUGGGUAAACAAGACAGAGACAUUAAAAGAUGUCAUCGAUCGAAGCUUCCCUGAAACGACAGAGAAAUACAUGAGAUGCACAAGUGCAUUCUCAGUGUGGAGUUCAGAUCCAGAUCCUAAACACUACUUACCUCUUUAUCUGAGACCAGCAACCUAAUGGUAGUACUAUAUUUGGUUCAAUGUGAUCAACUUUGUAACCUUUGUAUGCGAUGAUUAUGUUAAAACAAUGGUAAGUUUGCAAGGAAAAUAUAAUGACCUUAGUUUACAGUCAGAUGAAUAAACCACCGAGAACUAUGGCGGAGUUUAUGAUACGUAGUUUUGUAGCGUACCUAUUGUAUUAGAGUAUGUGAUGUCAUUUAUAGAUAUAUGCAAGUUUUUUUAAAGACUAUUUGUUUCCUCAUUAA